AUGCCUUCACUGCCUUUCGAAAUACAGGAGUUCGUGUUGGACAACCUGUCUGAGGAUUCAGCUGCAUUGAUAGCCUGCAGCCUGACGUGCCGAGCCUGGGUGUCUAUCACCCGUGCACACCUGUUCAAAUCCGUGGAGCUCAAAGGAGACGACGACUGCGUCCGUCUCUCCAGAGCACUGAAUGCGUCUUCCGGGACGUCAACCGAGGUCGCAGAUUGUGUGAAACGGCUCGUCAUUAAUCCGGGUCCACCGGUUCGGAAUGCAUCGUCUCGCACAGGGUGGACAAUAGAUUGGUUCCCCGUGUUACUUCCCCGCCUGCGGAAGCUAGAAGAAUUUCGAUUGACAAAAACAGUUUGGGACGAGAUCCGCGAGUCGGGCUGCGUGCAAUGCAUCACAGCAUCCUUUCCCUCUUUGAGAGUCCUGGCUGUCGAAAUUAUGGUGUUCUCCUCGCUGGCAGAUUUGACAAGCAUCAUCACUUCGUACCCUCUACUCUCUACCCUUGAACUGUCCCACAUCGCAUGGUUUAACCGUGAGACGUUGCCAAACGACGUUGUGACCAGGAUAGCGGAAGCAAAAGAACCCAUCGUCUUGCAUGAACUGUCCGUACAUUGUGUGGUCGAAUUUUCCAAGCUGCUGGCGCUGUUGCACCUUCACUUCCAACUCCAAUUACGAAAAUUAUAUUGGGAUAUCUCCCUAAGUUCCGUACCGGCAGAGCCCGCUGCUCUCGUCCCGCUGAUACAUGGCGCAGAAGCGUUCCUCGAGGAUUUAUCACUUAACAUAUGGGGCGAUGAUGUACUUGCUGAUGUGGAUCUCUCCCGUCACAUCCACCUUCGGUCUAUCAGCAUCCUGGUUCAGAAGGCCCCUCAUUGGCGGAAUGCAACGUAUACCAUGCUGCCCAUCUUACUGGAGCAUAUCACAUCUCCCAGCAUGCAGAAGAUCAAUUUAAGCUUCAGUUUCUUCCGCUCCGUCGACUUCGAAGCCGACAUAGGUUUCCUGGAUUGGAAGCUCCUCGAUCGAGUCCUAGCAUCUCUGGGCCGUAAUCGUCCUUCCAUGGUUAUCGUCUUUUGCUUUCGUUAUCACGUCGGCAACGAUGGAUGGAUGCCUGACGUGGUCAGUUUGCUCAAGCCUCGUUUGGCCGAAGUGUUGUCUCUCAGGCACAGUGUGAGAGCCGUAUGCGGAGGAUACAACCCCAGGCACAAGAGCAAAAGCUAUCCAGAUCGGCAUUAUACCAUUCUUUAG